UUGGGUUAGUAGACAGGAGAACCUUGUAGGAUAAUGUUCUCGCUCGUCGUGUACUCCACCAGGCAGCAGGAUCGUGUAGCGGAGGCAGUGGCGCUGUUGGAGGAGAGUCUACGAUACGACGCCACCAACCGGGACGCCGUGUCUGCCUUGGAGGGCUCUACGGAGACGCAGGACGCCCCAUGGAUGCCGAGAACCUCCACCUGGCACUUCUAGGGCGCGACCCUCUGACCCCGUCGUUACAGCAAUACGCCCCUUCCUCCAGAGAAUAGGUCGUCGAGAGGCGGCACUGAGGCACUACGAAGUGGCACUCAGUCUGGAUCCUCAACACACGGAGGCACUGGUCAACACUGCCAAGCUGAUGACCACACUACACCACAACCACCAGGCAGAGUUGCUGUAUAAGAGAGCCCUGGCUGUGUCGUGGGAGGCGGAGAUCACAGAGAGCCUGGGGAAGCUGUACCUUAACACAGGCCGCCUGGAGGACGCCGAGACCACCUUCAGCGCCGUCCUCAGGCAACACCCAGACACCCUCUCCUCCAGGAUAUAUCUGGCACGGGUGAAGCUACAGCAGAGGAGCUACCUAGAGAGUGAAGACCUCCUGCGGCAGGUGUUGGAUCAGUCCCCAGGGCAUCAGGAGGCGCUCUUCCAACUCUCACUCCUCUACACCCACACUAACCGCACCCAGGACGCCCUCACCCUCGCCUAUAGAGCCGCGCAUAAUUGUACGAGGCCGCCCAGACUCUGUGCCCACCUGCACGCCCAUCACGGUGACCUGCUGAACGAUAGACACAGUGUAGAUGAGGCCGCCCAGAGUUACCAGCAGGCAGUGGACCUAGAGCCUACCCUCACCCACGCCCACGUCAACCUGGGAGCACUCUACCACACUAAGGGUGACUACACCAGAGCCUGGAAACACUACCUGGGCACACGGGCAGGAUCCCUCCAACACCCUCCUGCUGGAGAACAUGGAGAAACUACGCCGGGCGCAGCAUCUCCAGCCUUCCGCCAGCAUCCCUCACUGCCUCAACAAGUCCUGAUAGUGGUUACGAGCGACACACUUUCAUCUCCGAGACCUUCUAGUGUACUGUUGUUAGUUGAUGAUGAAGGAAGAGAGGCUGGGGUAUAUGUUUAUCUUAGGGUUUAGAUCCGUCUAGUUCCUGGUGUUACUAGACGAUUAGGGAGGAUGUUGCUCUAGAAGUAUUAAAGGGAGGAAAUGUCUCAAACGUGGUCUUCUAGAGAUGGCUACUUCAUGUUGUCACUAGAUGAUACAAAGAUGGAAUGGAAAUGCUUAAAACUUUGGUUUUCUAGGAACUUCUAGUCGCUAGAUGAGGCAGACUGGUGUAGUGGGUGGUGAGGUGUGAACUAAUAGCUCUAAGCUCUGUGUUUUAAAGUUCACUAAUGAAUGACUAAGUGAUGUUCUAGAUUAUAGAGUCAGAGAUGAGAUGAUUUUUUUAAAUCUAAACUUGAUGAUCUAGAGCCUUCUAGUUCCUGAUAUAAACUAGAUAAGGCAGACGGCUGGUGUAGAGGAGGACGUGUGAAGCCUGGAGUUCUAGAGCUCUCUAGUUUUUGACGUCACUAGAGGGUGGUGUAGGAUGCUUUAACACGGAGAUAACAACUAGUAGGGUGAAGGUGCUGCGGUGAUACACAUCUCUCUCUCUCUCUCUCUCUCUCUCUCUCUCUCUCUCUCUCCUCUCUCUCUCUCUCUCUCUCUCUCUCUCUCUCUCCUCCUCCUAAAGCCAUUCAUUAGAAGCGUCAGGUGGGUUUUUUAUCCCAGGAAGAUCAGGGAUAAUUAGUUGCAGCAACUUCCUAACACUAGGGAAAAAAUAUGAAAGCAUAAUUUAACUCCUGAUGACAAGUCGGGAAAUUAUGUCAUAAUUUACCUGAUACGACGGCGAGAAGAACGACCUUAGAUCCUUCAGACGCAGAUGAGGGAUAGCACAAUCUUGCCCCGGGGUCAAAACAAAGAGAUGGACCCUAUCUGACCUGACCCUCCCUGAAUGAUCUGUGUUACGUUGCUGUUGACCAUUGUCUGACCUGAUAUAUAUAUAUUCUCUC